UCUCUCACAGCAUCAGCGCCCGACACCCGGAGACGACAUGGCAAACGCGUACCUGCAGGGAGUAGAGAUCUCAGCCUCGCAGUUCCUGGAUAUAUUCCAUCAUUAUGACAACGAUGGUAAUGGAUUUAUCGAGGGGAAGGAGUUGCAGAAUUUUAUCAAAGAACUUCAACAAGCUCGAAAGCAAGCGGGACUGGAACUAACAGACAAAAUGAAGGCUUUUGUGGAGAAAUAUGAGCAAAAUGCUGAUGGGAAAAUAGGCAUCAUUGAGUUGGUUCAAAUACUUCCUACAGAGGAAAACUUCUUGCUAUUUUUCCGACAACAGCUGAAGUCCUGUGCAGAAUUUAUGGAGGCUUGGAGAAUUUAUGAUGCUGAUCACAGUGGAUACAUUGAAGCUGAUGAGCUAAAGAACUUUUUGAAAGACCUGCUUCAAAGGGCUAAAAAACCAUAUGAUGAGAAGAAACUAGAGGAGUACACAUUGACUACGCUGAAAAUUUUUGAUUCAAAUAAAGAUGGGAAAUUAUGUCUGUCAGAAAUGGCACGGCUGUUACCAGACAAUGAGAACUUUCUACUAAAAUUUCAGGGUGUGAAAAUGGCCAGAAAAGAGUUCAACAAGAUUUUUGAGUUAUAUGAUAAGGACAGAAACGGAUACAUGGACGAAAACGAGCUUGACGCCCUCCUUAAAGACCUUUGUGAGAAAAACAACAAGGUUCUAGAAGCCAACAAAAUCUCCACGUAUAAGAGUGCUAUCAUGGCUCUGUCGGACGGAGGCAAGCUCUACAGAACAGAGUUAGCACUGGUGUUGUGUGCGGAGGAGAUGUGAACCUCCACCCCAAACCCGUCCCCUACUCACCUGUGAUGCGUAACGUAGCUAGAAACCUCUUACGUUCUAUCAUUUCCAACAUCGAUUUCACUUAGACAGGCGACCAACAGCACAUACUUUUCCAUUUGUUGUUUCUAUACUGUUUCUAAGUGUACAGAUUUUUUAAAGAGCACACGCGUACAAUACUUUAAACAUACACAAACAUUUCCCUUGACGAAAGAGGAAACCCAACAUGAUAAUGAAUCAUAAUCCAAAAUAUACUAUUCCAGCAAUGAUAUACAUAGACAAAAGCAAUAAUGCCAUCACGAAAUGCUAAAAAAUAAAAACAAACAUGGCCUGUUGGUGGGAUCUGUGUAAUACUCCAAAUUUGACCUUUGCGAUGCAUGUUUGUAGCUGACGGCAGGCCUGCUAGUGGGGUAUUUUUGACUGCAAGGACAUGCCGAAUAUAAUGCAUCGCCCCAGUCCUGUCUCUAUAAUGUUAGAUUUUUGCACUGUAAAGAAUGACAUGCUCCUCUAUGCUGAACACCACAGACACUGUGUAAGAAGAUAUUAAACUUGCUGAAUGAC